GCGGUGCUUGAGCGUCACUGGCGGGAGCAGAGCUGUGGAAGAUGGCGUCUGGGUCCGCGGCCACCGGGAAGAGAAAGAACAGCGGCAACCUGGCCGUGCUGACGAGCAAGCGGGAGCCCAGCGUCAAGCUGCAGUACCCGGUGAGCGGCCCCGAGCCGCUCGGUUGGUCCGAGGACAAUCGGCUGUCCAUCACCACCGGUAAAAACAUCUACGUGCUGGAGCAGAUCUGCGACAUUCACAACAACGGGCUGGACAUGGUGAUCCAGCGGACCUCGGUGCCGGCGCCCAGCCAGAGCUGCUCGCUUAAGGUUGGCUCUCAAGCAGAAGUAAAUGAAUGCAAGAAGAAGUUCUUGAAUAAAAGAGAUCCAACACUAAGUCACUCACUAAUGAUGGACAGGAUCUUUAAUCCUGAAGGUGGUGCAUUGUCACCCUUACGAGGAUUUAAAUUCACCAGUUGGUCCCCCUUGGGUUGUGAUAUAAAUGGAAGGUGCUUAUUGGCAUCUUUGACACUGGAUAAUAGAUUGUCCAUCCAGGUGAAUGUAAAUAGGCUGCAGUGGACACCAGCUUUAGAUAUUACAGAAGUGUACGGUGAAAUGUUAUACGAGAACAAAUAUGGACAUUUGGAUGCAGACUUGGAUGAGGAGCUGAAGAAUUUCUCGGAAUUCCAAAGGAGACACUAUAUGCAAACUCCUGUCAGAAUGGAAUGGUCCAGUAUUUGCAAUACCCAACGUGUAAAAGCCAACAACGAGUGUGAAGAUGUGGGUACAGUUCUGUUGGCUGUCCUACUUGAAAAUGGUGAUGUUGUCAUAUGGCAGUUUUUGAUCCCAUUUCAUGGCAAAGAUUCAAUCAUUGCAUGCAGUACGAUUGAAUCAGGCAUUAAUGACCCAAGUGUUCUGUCUUGGUGGGAAUAUGAGCACGGGAGUCGCAAAAUGAGUGGCUUGAUUGUUGGUAGCUCCAAAGGACCUGUUAAGAUUCUGCCAGUCAACUUGAAAUCAGUGAAAGGAUACUUUACUCUCAGGCAGCCAGUGGUUCUUUGGCAAGAGAUGGAUCAGUUACCCGUGCAUAAUAUUAAAUGCAUAUCUCUCUCCCACCCAUAUCAGAAAUGUAGCUGCAGUUUGGUUGUUGCAGCCAGAGGAACGUAUGUUUUCUGGUGUCUGUUGUUAAUAUCCAAAGCAGGACUCAAUGUUCACAAUUCUCAUGUAACUGGCCUCCACACACUUCCCAUUGUAUCUCUGACUGCGAACAAACAAACCGGGAGUUUCUACACCUGCUCUGUCGAUGGAACCAUCCAAAAGUUGACUCCAGUCUUCACAGAUGUAGCAGUGAAGUUUGACCAUGUUUUAAUCAAGUUACCAGAGUCAAUUGGCUCCGUGAGACUUCAUGGAAUCUGUCUGAGCCCCAAUGAUGCUUACAUGGCACUUGUGACAGCGGAAGGUAUAAAUAAUGGCCUCCAUCCAGCUAGCCGCACGUACCAGGUGCAGUUUAUUACAUUAAAAACUCCAGAAGAAGCAGCAUCUAAGCUUUUGGAAUCGUCCAUCCACAACCUAUUCAAACAGGUGGACUUGCUUGAUCUUGUACGCUGGCGAAUAUUGACAGAUAAGUGUAUUCCCCCAGACCUUGAUGAAGCUUUAGACCAUAAGCUCCAGACAAAUCCAUUAAGCUACCUAUGGCGGCUAAAACUUUUCUUUUUAAAGAUCUUAUUUCAGACAUUACAGAAGAAUCCCGCUGAAACACUUUGGAGGCCAAAUCAUCAGGAAUCAAAGGUUCUGCUGUGUGAUAAUUCUGUAUUGUUAAAUGAAAAAAGUCGACGGCCUGACGAAGCAGAGACAAGUGCAAAGGAAGGUCAAUCAAGUCGAGUGCUUGGGUGUCAAGCGGAAGACUCGCCUGUGGACCCAAAAGUAGACAAAUCUGAAGAACAAAUUCGGGAGAGGAUUUCAAGGAAAUUGAAUGAGAUUCAGAGUAGGAUUGAAGAUGUGGAGCUCCACUUGACUCGUGAACACAUGAAAAGAGUCCUUGGCGAAGUGUACCUCCACACCUGGAUAACUGAGAACACCAGUAUCCCAACCAGGGGCAUUUGUGACUUUUUAACUUCUGAUACCAGCUACGAUGAUAGGACAGCUAAGGUUUUGAUUUCGCAUAAUUUGAAGAAAUUGACCAAACAGACGUUUCCUGAGCACUGCUCUCUCUGUAAAGAGGUUCUGCCGUUUACAGAUCGCCGCAAGGCAGUCUGCCCCAAUGGACACAUUUGGCACAGAUGUAUAUUGACGUACCACGCGUGUCAGAGUCUGACGUAUCGCAGAUGUUUGCUACAUGACAGCAUUGCUCGACAGCAGUUGCCUUCAGAUCCUGACUGGAUAAAGCGCCUGCUUCAGAAUCCUUGUACGUACUGUGACUCUCCUCUCUUCUGACAAAGUUACAUAUUAUGGACAAAGGGAGAUCUGAGCACACUUUUGUGUCUUAAAUUUAGAAUUGAGAAGAUAAUGCAUGAAAUAUUUACCCUGCUGUCAAGGGUAUUGGCGUAUUCCACGAUAGUAUUGUUCUCUCUCUAAAGGCAUCCAGAGAUGAAGCUCUCUGCUUCUGAGGCACGAGAGGAAAGGUGGAGGAUUCUUGGCAUCGUGCUCAUCAUUUCAGCGGACAUGGUCUUCCUCAUCCACUCGCAUUAUUUUGAAGUAGAAAAUUAAUGUAAAUGAUUGCUAUAGUUGGAAAAAACCCAGUAGGUUGAGACAAUUUAAAGUAGAGUUCAGUAUACAUUAGCGACACAGUGGUGCUGGUUUCCAAAAGGGACGGUGGCGGACGCACCACACACCUCUGUCCACCAGUUCCUGCGGACAUCCGCCACUGGAAGUAUAGGAUUUUGGUGUGUGUGCUUUAUCAUCAUUCCUUACAAUCCUAUGUACGACAGUGAUCGCAACUUCUACUGAAGUGUGGAUGGCCGUUGGCUCGAUAGAAGCUCAUCUGCCCUUUGACAGGUCUUGUUUUUGGUUCUGCUGGGGGUCCACAGCCCCCUCCUCACCUGGUAAACCAGGUGGGGAGACGGUUUAGUCGCCGUCUAUCCGACCAUGGAGCAGGUAGCACGGGAUUACAUGGUCCCUGUGGCGGGGGGGGGAUCUCCCCCCCGACCUGACCUGCAAAUACAAAUAACAAGGAAUAUCUGAAGUAAAAUAACACGUGAAGUUUUCACAUAAUGAAUUGAAAUAAUGAAGUUAAUCUGUUCUUGCCUACUAUUGCAUCUGCAAGAAUUGUUACAUUUGACUCUAAAACUGUCUUUGAGAACAAUGCAGAAAGGAAACUUUAUAUUUCCCCAUUAGAGGGUGUGAAUAAAAUGUAAUGCAUUUGGGAAAUUGUGCUCAAUCCAAGGUUGCAAGUUCUGACUGUUGAUGAAUGACACAAAAUCAGGCCCUGGAACUGUAAUCGAUGGUGGUGGAGUGGGGAUGACAGUAGGGCGAGGAGGAUCGUGCUGGACUUUGGCAAGUAGCAGCUGUAAAGUGACCCCGUUUUUGAAACAUAAGGCGGGAGAAAUGAAAUACCUUAACACACUAUUUGCCUUCAGAGGAUCUGUUCCUGACAAUUGGUCACUAGCUUGAAAGGGUCCAUUUGACUUUUUUAUUUGUCAUCAAUUAAAGUAUGGUUUCAUAUUUUAAAGUUUUUUUACUUUUGUUUCAUGACUACAUUUGUGAACACAAUUUAAGACUUCGUAAACUACUUUUCGUACAAUAAAAAAUGUUUUCUCAAUAAACCUGUUACUUUUUGGAUAAAAUGUAUCAUCUUAUAAAAUAUAAAUGUAAAAUCUUGGGCAUC